UCCUCGGUUUGUUUUUCUUUUCUCUCUGCUACUUCCGGGCCGUUUUGUUUACUUUGUGGCCCGCUGGCUUAAGACUGAAUCGGAGGAGGAAAAAUUAUAUAGAGAAGAAUGAACAGAAGGACAUUUGGAAAUACAGUCCACGGGUUAAAUUGAACAGUCGGUAAAGGCUGUGCUGUAUUUAUUUCAAAAGGGCGCGCCGCUCCUUUCCUAAAGUCACAGGGGGGCGGCGGCGGCGGCGGCGGGGGGGACAUGAAGCGGGACCGGCGUGGUCGUUUUUUGGCUCCGGCGCCUGGAACUCGACGUGGACAGCUGGACGAAGCGAGUCGGGUACCAGGAGGGCGCAGAGGAAAAACGCGUUUGCCGGCUGACGGUAGGACUGCAAGCGAAGAAAGUCAGGCUGGGCCGCAGCAUCAGUCGGAGCAUUCGGGAGUGGAGAAAGGUGUUGAAAUUUCGCCUGUCAGAAAAGGUGUUUCGGAAGAGGGACCGGAGGAGAUUGGGAGAGCUGUAACUACUGCCUUCUGCCGACUAUGUCAUGGGAAGUUUUCGUCCCGGAGUUUGCGGAGUGCUUUUGGAAAGGCUUCAGCCAUUGAAAAAACCUCUGACAAAAAGCGUCAAAAACCUCAAGUCUUUUUUGCUGAUUUCCAGCGGUUAGUUGGGGUACCUGUGAUGCAGGAUCCUGUUUUAUCACGCUACAUCUGCAAAAACUGUUAUUCUCAGUUUUAUAAAUGUCACAACAUUUUACGAACUUUCAUACAGAGGGUGAAUUUGUCCCCAGUGGCCUCUUUAAGGUCUAAAGGAAGGGAGAAUUUACAUUCAACUUGUAAUGCCAGAGAAAAAUCAACCUUUGAUGACCUCAUUACUUCAAGAACAAGAACUCUGCGAUCCCUGGUGUCCUGGGCACAUCAGCAUGCUUCUACAUGUCAAACUGCACCAAGUCUUCAAGAAGUCUUGGGAUCUGAUUAUCAGAGUGUUGUGCGAGCUAUCUGGUGCUGUGAUGAUGGUCACAACUAUGUAAUGGACACUUACCCUCAUCACUUGGCUUUAGAUGUCCCUGCUGCUACAGCAGUAAAGUUGGAGAGUGAUGAAAGGUUGGGGCACACUAUGUUAGACAAUGGUGCAGUGGAGUCAAGCAAACAGCCGCUAGCCGCCACUACUCCAUCGUGGAACACAGAUUCCCACCAGCCUGUGUUUCCAGAGGCAACGUCUCUUGUGACAAGCACGGGGAUUCAGCUGCAGCACAGUAUAUCUCACCAGCCUGUUGACACAGAAGAGAGGCUACAGAGGAUACGAGAACCUCUAACAAGUCUGAACAGUGCUGAAGCUGGGAAGGGCAUGAAUGAUUUGCUAAGCUCAUCACAAACAGAAACACAAGAAGAGGACGAAGAGGACAGUGAUUUGUCUGAUAGAGAUUUAUCCAGUGAAGAAGAAGAGGAAAAGAAGAAAAGUGGUUCUUCUGAUGAACUAUUUGAGCCACACCCAGAGAAGAGUAAAGUUUCAGCCAAAAAGUGUGAGAGUAAAGAAGUGAAAAAGAAACUAGAACCAAAGGAGAGGAAGAAGCCUGGUCCUAAACCAGGCUGGAAGAAAAAAAUUAAAUCAGAAAGAGAGGAGCUACCCACAAUUUAUAAGUGUCCUUAUCAAGGGUGUACAGCUGUCUACAGAGGAGCUGAUGGAAUGAAGAAACACAUUAAGGAGCAUCACGAAGAGGUUCGAGAGAGGCCGUGUCCUCACCCUGGCUGUAAUAAAGUAUUCAUGAUUGACAGAUACUUGCAACGCCAUGUCAAGUUAAUUCACACAGAGGUCCGUAACUACAUUUGUGAUGAAUGUGGGCAAACAUUCAAGCAGAGGAAGCACCUUUCUGUUCACCAGAUGCGACAUUCUGGAGCAAAGCCUUUGCAGUGUGAAGUCUGCGGUUUCCAGUGUCGACAGAGGGCUUCGCUGAAGUACCACAUGACUAAACACAAAGCGGAAGCCGAGCUGGAGUUUGCCUGCGACCAAUGUGGGAAACGGUUUGAAAAGGCCCAUAAUUUGAACGUGCACAUGUCUAUGGUCCACCCACUGACACAAAACACUGACAAGAACAAGUCCUAUGAGACAGUUCAGUUCAUACCUUCUGAUGAACCUCAAGGAAUAGAGAGACUGGCAGAAACUUUAGCAGAUCCCAUCAUUCACCAGGAAAUAGCCAGCUGAGAUAAGGGCAUUGGGCAGAAAUGAAAUUUCUGUUAAUUUUAAAUUAGAAAAUAAUGUUGCCCAAACUGUUUGCAGCAUGUUCAAAAGGUAAAAUAUUAAGUAAGGCUGAAAUCUCACGACCGCUCUGAUAAUGGUGCUGAACAUUAUCUAAACCUAUUGGCUCUUCUGUACGCCAUUUUGCAACAGAAGGGAGUUCAAAAUGAUGCUGUAGGGUUACUGGGGAAAAUAAAUCAGUCAUUAGGUUGUUUGUUGUAUUCACUGAACAGCACAUUUUUCUGCUCUGCAUGGAUUUUAUUUAUUUUCAAACCUUUUAAUUUUGAGAUGUCUCAAAUUCUCUUACAUGACUGUUCUUUUGGUGAUGUAAUAAGUCAACAUCAGUUGUUUCUCAUUGUUUUAACAAAUAAAACUGAUUAAGUUGUGUUUAAAGUUUUUUUUUUAAAUAAAAUAUAAAAUACACUAUUUUUGAAAUUUUGAUAACCUAAUGCUUGCUCUUAUUGUUGCUCAAUGUAAUACAGUCAUCUGUAAUAUAUUGAUGGCAAGUGCAGGGGGGUCUGACGUACAAAAGCCAGCCGUGGGCAUCUUUAGGGGCAACGAGAUCAAGAACGUGGGGGUCGGCUCUGGUCAGAGUGGGCUGCAGCCAUUCACUUAAUUUAAUGUCGGUCUUGUAGCUGAUGGGUCUCAGAAAUCAACACUAAUGGGACUUGCCACACAGAAUUCAAAAUUUUCAGCUUUGGGUUUUAUGUUAAUUCACUUGCUUAUCUAGGAUUUUAGUUAUUGACUUGAUGGCAAGUAAUGAGACAACAGCUUCUCUGCUCCACUGCUGCCUUAAUAAGAUAAACACACAGAGUGAGGAGCUAUAAUCCGUCUGAAGCCAGUUUGUUGAUCUUUCCAGACAGACAUUUUGAUUCAGAGUCCUGUUGGGAUUCUGUGGUGUCCUUCCUCAAUAAAAGGAGAGUGCAGAAAACUACCAUUGGUUUUCAAUUCAGAAAUAGGUUGUGAAAAAAGACGCCCCCCACGGUCAGCAGAGAGGGUCCCUGCUCUAAAAUUUGUAUUGAAAUUAGUGAAAAGUCAAGCAAAAUAACCCCUUUUAUUGGCUAACUAAAAAGAUUACAAUAUGCUAGAGUAGUAACACAUUGGAACAUCACCAAAGGCACAGUGGCUCGUGGCUGGGGUCUUUACAUAUUAACUGUAAGGUUUUUUUUUCUUCCUAAUAUUUAAGAGUUUCUUUUGUUUUUCAGCUAUAUUCACCAUGCACGUGGGGCUUCACUCUGAAAUAAGUCCUGCUGCUCUUUAUCUGUUUCAUGGCUUUGCUUUUGUCAAUAAAGGAAAAAAAAAAAGUUAAGCUGAUUCAUUAAUCCUUGGGGGUGAAUUACUUGAAUGGUGGGCUACAGCCAUAGAUACAGCAACAGUAAAACACACCGCAGGCUCCAACACUAGCAGGGGUGGCUUGCCUUCUGCAGGCAUUGAGGUUUAUUUGAUUACAGAUGAUAAAGAAGAACUUUGGUAUUUUUCUAAGUCAAAAGUUAUUUCUUCACAAACAUGCAUAAUGUAUAUGCCACGUGAAACUGUGUAGUUCUACAGUUAAAGCAGUUGGGAUUCUGUGUUGUCCUUCCUCAAUAAAAGUUGUUGACUAUUGA